UUGUCAUCCUUUUUUUGUUGCUUGCGUUCACGAUGAAGCCGUCCUUUUCCCUGACGUAGAUUAAACUCCCACUAUAGCAAGGAGCCAAGCUAAACACAAUUAUAAUAAAUGCAUGUUUGUAAACCAAGUAGCGCGACAGCAUUCACCAGCAGUGGAGUAGCAGUACGAGAAGUACCGUAGUAACGUGAAUUGGUGCCGGCUCAUCUUUUGAUUUUACGAUUAGUGCCAGUAACAUCACAGUGGUCGCAAUAAUAUUAUUGUUGGAGAAAGUACACAAAACAAGCCUGUUGCGCUCUUCAAUUGGUUUAGUAAUUAUUAUUUAUAAGUAUGGUCAAAAUGAACGGGGACAAUAGAAUAACACUUCGUAAAAUUAAUCGGGCAUGUGUAAAAUUCUUCCAAGCGAUUGUUGAGUUUGUUGUGAGGUGCAUGUUCAAACUUUUGUAUGGAAACAAUGGUCCCAAGAUGCCUCCCAUCAAAAAUCUCAUCCUACUGGAGUCCGCAAGUUCAAUUGCAUUCAAAAUACGGACCAAAAGAGUUACAAGUGUAUACGUGGUGAAGUCGUUUAUAGAAAGAAUAGAAGAAAUAAACCCGUUAUUAAAUUGUGUUGUGGCGAACAGAUUUAAUGAAGCCCUAAAAGAAGCGGAAGCUGUGGAUGAACUCAUCAAGAGUAACACGCUUUCAGAAGAAGACCUAGCUGCAAAUAAACCAUUUUUAGGGGUUCCCUUCACCACAAAAGACUGCAUAGCCGUAAAAGGCAUGAUACAUACAGCUGGUUUGUACAAAAGGAAAGACGUUAUUGCUGAAGAAGAUGCACACGUGAUAGCAGCUCUAAAAAAUGCUGGCGCUAUACUCAUUGGACUCACCAACAUUUCUGAACUUUGUAUGUGGUGGGAGAGUGCCAAUACCCUUCAUGGUCGAACAAACAACCCCUACGACAUUAAUCGUAUCGUGGGUGGUUCGUCAGGUGGUGAGGGAUGCAUUCAGGCUGCAGCUGGUUCCGCUUUUGGAAUUGGCUCAGACAUAGGUGGUUCUGUAAGGAUGCCAGCCUUCUUCAACGGAACGUUUGGUCAUAAAGCGUCUCCUAACAUUAUACCUUUAUCUGGACAGUAUCCAUCUCCCGCCACAGAGAAACAGAAGUAUAUGCUUAGCAUAGGACCAAUUGUUCGACAUGCUGAAGAUCUCCUACCCCUCUUCAAAUUAAUUGUUCUGAAAGAUGUUAUGCCCCUUCUAAGAUUAGACGAAAAGGUCGACAUCAAAGGCAUCAGGUUCCAUUAUCAAGAGAACGACAGUGGAUCCAAACUUGUGUCUCCGGUUCAUAAGGAUAUAAGGGAGCUAUUUAGAAAGAUUAGUGGAUAUUUAGAAAAAGCCCAUAACAUUAAGGCACAACGUGUUAAUCUCCAGCGGUUUAGGAUGAGCACCGCCAUGUGGAUGCUGGGGAUGAAGUCCCCAAAUGGUCCCACGUUCGAUCAGCAAUUAUCCAACUUGGAAGGAUCGAUUAACGUUUGGUGGGAGUUAUUCAAAUGGUGUUUUAGAUGUUCAAAUCACACCUUUAUAGGGUUGGCGACAGCUCUAUUGGAGAAAAAAGAAGCCAGCGAAAACGAUUCUAAGUCGGAGUACAUCCAGAAAGAAACGAACAUCUUGAGACGUGAAAUAAUUGAUCUAUUGGGAGAUGAUGGAGUUCUGUUGUACCCAACUCAUCCAACCCCUGCGCCGUACCACAACGAGCCCAUCUUUAAAGCUUUCAAUUUUAGUUACACGGGUGUAAUUAACGUCUUGGGAUUCCCCGCAACCAACAUCCCAAUGGGAUUAAGUUCUGAAGGUGUUCCUAUCGGUAUCCAGGUCAUUGCUAAUGACAAAAACGACCGAUUAUGCCUGGCUGUCGCCAAAGAAUUUGAAAAGGCGUUCGGGGGAUGGAUAACCCCUGAAAUACAAGCGUAAUGUAUUUAUUUCACCUUAUUUAUUUUGUAAAUAAUUAUAAUAUUUUAUAACUUG